ACGCGUUGCACCACGGCUCUUUAUCUGUACAGUCAACAUAACCGACCUUAAAAAGAGGAACUGUACCUGCUGCUUCACACAUUCGGUCAAAUAAAGCAGUCUGGUGCUACGGGACCUGUUCACAACAGCUUGUUGUGUAACACUCGAGAUACCUCACGCGUACACAAACCUCGACCACCAGCCUCAGACCUUCCACCACCCCUUCAAUCCGUGAUCGAUUUGUUGACCUCUUUUCCGAUGGUCUUCCUGCUCUGAUUCUCCGCUCCUGUCUUUUGUUUCACGUCACUCUUUACCAUCGCUCUACCUAUCAUGCCGAGAUUACAAUCGCCCACAUCUUACCAUCAUUCUCACGCAGGAGAAAAGAUGGAGACGGAUACCUCGUACCUCACCGAGCAGGUCGCAAACAUCAUCGCUCAACUCCACGGAUUGUUCGAUGAGAUCGGUGUGCCUCGAAAUGAGCGAGACGCACGAGAAUCCGAGUUGUUUGCCGCUCUGUCGGAAACACUAGACCACCAACUGAAGUCGGUCUCAAAUGAGAAACACGACCUCCACGCGACCGCCAAGCGCCUCGCUACGACAGUUAAGCAACUUCAAGCCUCCCUCGACGACCGAGACCCACGCACUCAAUCCCCACGCGUCAAUGACUCGGACCCAGACCUCCAAAUUACCUAUCCCCUGCGCGAAUGCCUCACGCGGCUCGAAGAAAAACACCACAAUAUGGAACGCCUACACCAGGAGCGUCUCGACCAAGUCAACAAGCUCGUCACCGCGUUGACAUCCUACUCAUCACACCUUGACCCCUCCCUCCUCACCAUCCCAUUACCACCCUCGCCAUGUCCGGCCACCUUCUCCCUCUCACCCACCUACAUUUCGCAACUCGACAACGCGUUCACGUCGAUCUAUGAAGUCUACCAGUCCCGUGUCGCGCACGUGCGAUCACUGGCCACCGAGCUGAUCAACCUCUGGGCCGAACUCGGCACCCCCUCCGCACAGACGGAACAGCGGAUCGUCGAAUGCGCGGAAUCGUAUCCCGAGCAACUCGGCCUGCGCGAGGCGGACAUCAAGCGACUGCAGGCAACGCGGGAUCGGUUCGCGAACGAGAAGGCCGGGCGGGAGCGGAAGGUGGCGGAAGUCGGGGGGCAGAUUCGCGGGCUGUGGGAGCGGUUGGGCGUCGAGAAGCAGUAUCGGACGCAGUUUGAGCGGCGGAAUCGCGGGGUGGGGAUGAAGGUGUUGAAUGAGUAUGAAGAGGAGCUGAGGCGGCUGUUGGAGUUGAAGAGGCAGAAUUUGGGUGUGUUUGUGGAGGAGGCAAGAUUGCGGUUGCAGGAGCUGUGGGAUGAGUUGUUCUUUUCCGAGGAGGAGAUGUUGGUGUUUACGCCGGCGUUUAGUGAUGUGCACACGGAUGCUCUUCUCUCUUCUCACGAAUCUGAAAUUGCGCGUCUCACCGCUAUUCAGUCUGAACGCGCCCCUAUAUUAGCGCUCGUGUCGAGACAUCGCAACCUUCUCGAAGAUCGAGCUUCUCUCGCCGCCUCCUCGCAAGAUGCUUCCCGGCUCAUGAAUCGUGGGCAGAAGGGCGAGAAGCGCGACCCGGGCAAGCUGCUACGCGAAGAGAAGAUGCGCAAACGCAUCCAGAAAGAGCUCCCCAAACUCGAAGCCGAGUUGCGGAAUAAGCUGAUGGAUUGGGAGGCCGAGUACGGACGGGACUUCCUGGUCUGGGGAGACCGGUAUCUGGACGAACUGGAGGAUGGCGCAGUGGCAGAGGCGGCGAAGAAGCAGCCCACGAGAAGCAAGACGCCUGUUGCGCCAGCGCCAGCAAUGAAGAACCCAAAGUUCUCUGCAUCAACAUCGAAGCCUCAACAUGGUACGGUACGCGGCGCGCCACCACGAUCGAAGACACCAACGCCAUAUACCACCACAUCCUCCACCACGAACGGCACCAUCCGCCCCGCUCACCACACCCGCUCCAAAACCGCCGGCUCCAUCUCCCCGAGCAAAAUCCCCGCCCGCGCUCCCCUCCACCCCGCCGCCGGCAACACCAUCUCCCCCACCCGCAUCCCCUACAAACCGUCCGGUCACUCCUCCGCCACCCUCGGCCGCCAACCCGCCCCACCACCCCGGAUGGACCUCAGCAGCUUCCUCCCUCCCCGGGCCGAGACGCCCGUGACUAGCAGCUCCGGAAGCCCCCACCUCGGCAGCGUCGUGCGCGCCGUGCCACCCGAAGACGUCUACGAGGACAGUGGCUCCCGCCAAACUCGUCUCCGCCUCCAGCACCUACAAGGGGGCUCCGCCAACGCGUCCGCGUACGGCCAGACGCACGCCGACUUGCGCGCCCCGUCGUCUCAGGGGGGCAUGUACAGCCGGCCCCCCAGCGCUGCCGCGUCCAUGCGGUCCGUCGAGUCGGGCCUCAGCGCCAGCCAGAGCCACAGCGGCGGCAACGGCGCGCAAGCCAACUGGUAUCCGAUGGCGCCGCCGCCGCCGCCGUCCUCGUCGAUGUCGUCGUACGGGGCGAGCUCCCACGGCAUGUCGUCCGGUGCGCCGUCGCGGCAGAUCAGCGCCGGGAGCAGCCAGAGCACGCAGAGCGGGGUGAUCAGCGGCAGCGAGAAUUGGGAGACGUAUUCGGAGGAGAGCGGGAGUGAGAUCGGAGGGUCCCAGGGGGAGCGGGGGGCGUACGAGGUGAGGGGGUAUGAUGCCCGGGGAUAUCAGUUACCGAUGCAAGAGUACAUGGCGAAGCACGGGAGCGGGCAUGGGGCGCGAGUCGGCCAUGCUGGGACGGUGAGAGGGGUGGAUAAUGAGGUGGAAACGGAGUGGACGGACGAGGAUGGAUUCUGAACGACUUGCUUUGAAAGGCGUAGAAGGAGUGCUCAGUUGAAUUGGGGCGGAAUUGUUUUGACUUGGACUCGAUUAUGAGCGGAAGAGGACUGCCUCAUGAUGUACUUCCUUUCUCUCCCCCCAAGCUCUCACCUACAGUCCGUUGCACGCGCUGGUGGGAGUUGAUGUUCGUGAGGGGAUGAGAGCAUCCAGCUCAUCCACUAUGGAGAUAGUUGAUCUCCUUUUCAGGCUCUUGACUGCAGGUUAGGUCAUUAGGUACCAUUGGGUUCUCUGUAUUUUGAGCGUAGCAGGAGACUUAUCAACGUUCCAACUGUCCGGUAC